CAAUUAGCGCAGAAGAAAAAGUGGUUGUUUCCUUGUAAACCUUACACGCGCUCACGCGAAGCGUCGUCUCGAGCAGCUCGGAACGUACGGGGCGGCAGCUGUGCUGCUGGAUCUGUGGACGUGGUUUUCGACAUCUUGGACUCGGGCUCCUAUUUAUGGAUAGACAUGGAAAGUUCUCAGGAACCACGCGCUGAGACUUCAAAGAAACAAACGGUGGACGAGGCUACUAGAGAAGACCUGAUCAAGCAGGUGAAGCGUCAGCUUGCUAUACUUCAGAAAGCUAAGGCAAAGUGUGACGAUCUUGGCAGGAAGUGUCAGGAGAAGGACAAGGUCAUUGGGCAGCUGCGUAGUCAGUGCGAGACAUAUGAGCAGGACCAGGCGGAACUGGGGGAGCUGCGCCAGGCAUACCAGUCACUGCAAGAAGCGCAGGAGAAACAGUUUGACUCAUUUAAGGUCUUGGAGGAGCAGCUAGCCACUUCUAAUGAGGAUCUAGUCAAGUGGCGUCAUAAGUACCAGGAAUGCCUGGAGAAAUUGGAGUGCACAGAGUCAAAGAUGGCCACUCUCACCCAAGGUACAGAGUUCCUUCAACAAGAGCUAUCUUGGCUUGAAGCUGAAAACCAGGCAGCCAACUCCAAGGUUGACGAGCUGUCCCAUUCACAGAAGCAGUUGCAGGAAGAGCGGAUCAUUCUGCAACAACAGCUGGAUAUACUUAAGCAAGAUAAAUGCCAAGAAGCUGCUGGUUCAGAGGCCACGCUGGAAAUGUCGCAGAGCCACAUGAAGCAGAAAAUUGAGGAACUGCUGUCCCAAUGCAGUGUCCUAAUGCAAGAGCGUGAUGUGUGCAACUUGGCUCGGGAGGCUCUGGUACAGCAAGCAGAGAAUGCCAAUGAAGAGGCAGCCAAUCUUCGGCAGAAGAUCUCUGUGUUGUUGGAGGAACGGUCUUCGCUUGAGAAUCAACGGGAUGAGAAAAUGAACGAGUGCAACCUACUGCAAGAAGAGAAGCAUGGUCUGGAGAGGCAGGUGUCUGACCUGUAUCAAACAAAGGAGGACCUUGAGGCCAAGGAGAAGGAAUUUGCCAAGAUACUGGACGACAACAGCAGCCUUGAAAAACUGCUUGCUGAAGCUAUGAAUGAGAACACACAACUGCAGGAGAGUGUCAACAGCCUGCAAGUAAAACUUUAUGAGAAGGAAGCUGAGAAGCAGAGGCUCGCUGAUGAGCUAGAAACAGCAAAAAACUUGGCAUUCAGUGAAUCUCAACGAUUGGAGGAUGUCAUAAGAAACCUGGAGGACACACUUGCAAAUCAAAUUCAGAAGCGCCAAAAUGUGGAGCAUGCGUUAGAAGUUUCUCUUUGCCAGCAAAUUGAAUCGGAAAAGCUUAUUGAAAACUUGAAGGCUGCUUUUUUGCCUUGUUCACAGCAAGAGGAUGAAGUGGAUAUUGUCUGUACACCAACAAAGAGUUCAGAGCUUCUUGGCACCCAAGUGGCACUGACAAAGCAAGAAGAGGUUACUGAACAGGAGGAAAAGAGUGCAGUCACUAGUGUUGGAUAUUUAGAGGAGGCCUUGAAGAAAAUGCAAACGGAGAAGGCAGAUUUGGAGGAGGAACUUGCAAACAUCAAGAACACUGAUCAGCAACUUUUUGAAGAACUUCAAACUUCCAUCAGUAAGGUUUCUUUGCUGGAGAAAGAGCUUGAUCAGUCAUUUCAUGAAAAACAGAACAUUGUUGAUGAACUCUGCCAAGUAAAGGAUCUUCAAAGGUUCCUGGAAGAUGAAGCAACGGAACUUCAGCAAGAAUGUGAGAAGUUGAAAGCUCAGUCAGGGCGCCUGGAGGCUGAUCUUGAUAAUGACAGGUUGCACAUUCAGAAACUCGAGCAUGAGCUGGAAGCUGCAGAGUGCAGGGACCAGCAGUCAUUUCGAGAAAUGGAGAUGUUGCGCCUGCAGCUGAAGGAUCUGGCCUUGCAUGCCUUGAAGUACCAAGAGGCAUUUCGGGACUGCACUCCUGGCAAUAUGGAGCCGCACGUCUUGUUAAAAGCAUUUCAUCGAAUCUGCCAGCUCAUUCUGGAAGCAGCUGAGCAAAAUUUGGUGGAUAUUCAAGUGGAAGGCCUGCUGCCAGGAAUGGGGGCCACACUUGUGCUGAAUGAUUUUAGUGAUGAUCGUGGGGCUGUCGUUGAAAAACCUGGAGAGGACAAUGAAGGUGCAGUUUCUGCUGAAGCCUAUGAGCGCCUCAAAAGUGAAAUGGAAAGAGUACAGGAACAACUGCAUGAAAACAUCAGGGCAGUAGACCUUCUUCAGUUUGAGAAGCGAGCUAUAGAAGAGGAACUGGGGCUUGAGAAAAGCAGGAAAGACUGCUUAAACAAAGAGCUUACUGCAUCUGCACAUCAAAUUGGCUUGCUGGAAGGGAAAAUAGCUGACAUGGAAUCUGAAUUCCAAGCCCGACUUUCAGAUCUUUUUGAGUUGGAAGAAAAAAGGAGGGAGCUUAAAGAAAAAGAUCUGUUCCUUGAAGAUGUUCUUGAACAGGUUAUAGCACUCAGGGAAGACUAUGAAGUCCUCGAAGGCCUACAGCAGGAGAAUGCUGGACUUCUGGAUGAGUUGUGUGUGUGCGACUCUUGUAGGAAAACCAUUUCAGGAGCUAAAAAAAAUUUAAUUGCAUUGCUGGAACAAUACAUGCAGUUAAGAGUGUGCUGGGAGAACUUGGAAUUAGACUUAAAAAGGGCUAAUCAUCGGAUAACACCACCAGAUCAGGAAGCACUGAACCUAGCUAUCCCUAACGAACAUUUGGAAACAGAGGGAAUUGGCACUGGCCAAGUGAUAACGGCUCCAGUACUUGAUGAAGGGGGGUGUGAAGAUGUUGAGAUCAGACGACGUUGCACAGACUUGCAAAGUGGAGUGGAAGGCGCAAGAGACAUAGACAGACAUUUGUCUGAAUAUUGCUCAUCUCAAAGAGCACACUUGCUGACCAGUACGAAAACACAGGAAAGAAUUUGUGAAGAAGUUUCUAAGCUUAAAGCAGAACUACAGGGAAAAUCUAAGCUCCUUGACCAAAUUCAUGGCAAGCUAGAUGACCAGUUAGAGCAAUCUGAAAAACUAGAGGCAUUGCUGAUAGACAAGGACAAGGAUUUGCAAGAGUGCAAAAACAAUGUUUUGAAGAAAGACUCUGAAUUAGCACGUUUGACAAAUGAAUUGUCCCACCUGAAGGACCAACUGAUCUUUUAUGAGGAAGAAUGUGCCAGAUUGUGUGCUGUUUUUCAGCCUGAAUCUAGUAAUGAAGCUGGCAUGCAGCGUGAUAUGCUCCGUGAAUGGUACAGGGCACACAGAACCAUGCUGAAACUUUUGUCUCAGCUUAUUGUGCAUGCUUCAAGGCAGCAACAUCCAAAAGUCUUGUCAGAUGGAAAUGGCGACUCAGAUGUGCUCUCAGAAGCAAGAUGCCUGCAUGCCAUCGUGUCAGAAAAAUUGGAGUCUGUUUCUUUUGAAGAAGAAGAGCCUUCUCCAUCACUGCCUUGUGUUAUCUCAAGAGCACUGUGCGAAGAUUUGGUUACUGAGUUGGCUCUUAUAAAGAGCUUUGGGCACAUGCUGGACACUCUUUCUGUUGAUGAGCCCAAAAUUCCUCUAAUAAAGCCUCAAGCUGAACCUGAAGUGGAGGUGCAACGAAGCGACAAAGAGAUAGCCUAUCUGCAGAGCUCAGUUCAGGAAAAAGAAGAUAAGCUGAAGAAAUAUAAAGACAAGAUCGUGAAGCUGCAGAGAGAAGUUGCAGACAAGAAUGAACAGGUGAACUUCAUGGAAAGAGAGUUGUCUGGCAUGAAGGAGGAACUUGAAAAAAAUACUGAAGCAUUUAAACACUCUGUACAGAACUUCCAGAGUCUUCAGAAUGAAUAUGAUAACCUGCAAGACCAAAAUGAAGCCACAAGGUCAUUGUGCAAGGAGCUGGAGGACAAGCUGGCAUCUGCUGUCAGUGACCUGGCUGCAGCUAAAUUUGCACUUGCUGAUGCCUCCACAGAAAACGACGCGCUGAAGCAAAAAAACGAAAUGCUCAUUUUAGAGGUAAAGGCUUGGGAGCAGUGCAUGGCAGAACUGGAGGGCAAGCUGACCUCAGUGGAGUCUCAAGCUAGUAGUGCUAAGGACCAAAAAGAGAAGUUGCUGUGCUACAUCAAGGUCGUGGAGGAACAGGCCUCGGAGGCCAAUAAGCAAUUGCUUGCUGAAAAGGAGCAGCAUGCUAGGACUGCCGCGGAACUGCAGAGAGUGGAGAAGGAGUAUAAAAAGUACGCUCUUCUGCAGCUGGAGAUCAACGACUAUGAGAAUAGUGUAAAAGAUUUGAACAAGGAGUUGAAUGAGAAAAAUGAUGAGCUGGACAUUACUAGGAAAGAGUCGUUGGCUUACCAGUCCAAAAUUGCCAACCUUAUUGAGCAAAUUGAAGGAACACUCAAGCAUAUAAAUUACAUCGGAGCUAGUGCAAGUUUCCUGGAGAACCAGAAAAAAGCAGAUGAUGAGCGGCAACUGGCCUACAAGGAAACCAUAGCCAACUUGAAAGAGGAGCUGUCAAAGAGCAGGAAAUAUCAAGAAGAUUUGCUACAGGCUAAGGUGAGGCUUGAGUCUGAAGUCAAAGCAGCCCAGCUGAGGGAGGAGGAGUUGAAGUCGCAGUGUGAAACAACCUCUAAGCAGAUCGUGGCACUUGAAGACAACCUUCAACAAGUGCAAGAGAGGCAUCGACAAACUGUGAGAGCAUUAGAUGCUAAGUGUGCAUCUCUCAAAAGGCAGUUGAGCGUUGCAAAGGCUGAGCUGGAAAACAAGAAUGUGGAAUUUGAAAACUACAAGGUGCGAGCUUACUCGGUGCUGAAGCAGCAAAGGGAAAACACAGCUCACACAGAUAGCAGAGAGCUGUCAGAUGUCCAGGAGAAGCUCCAGGCUACAAUAGAGCAGAUGAACCAGCAAAUCGAGGACCUGAAAACGCAACUGGAAAUGUCGCAGGCGGAUUCCAAGGCAAACCGUGAUGAGUGCGAUCGGCUGGCCCAGCAGCAUCAGUCCAUUGUCUCGAAGCUCGAGCAACAAGAACAUGAUUCAAAACGCAGGCUGGAAGAAGCGGUGAGGCAGAAGUCUGUAGAAAUGGAAGUCGAACUGGAGAAGCGAUUGCAGCAGCAGCAUGAGGACCUCUCCAAUAAAUACCAGAAGAAAUUAGCUACACUAGAGGAAGAGCACAAGCGCACUUUGGAGGCUCAUCUCGAGUCUGUUGAUGGGCUGAAGCGAGAAAUUGCCGAGAUGCAACAGAAGCUACCACAUCAGAGUUCACAACUUGAGGAAACAACUGUCAUCGACAUCAGCACGCUUGAGCGCCAACAAGGAGAGGGCUCAGAGUCCAUUUCACCAGUUCCUCCGAUCGCUGCAAAGACCUCUCCAUGGAACUUGGUUCCUGCAGGCGAUAUCAAACCUUUUGAGCAGCUUUUGGGAGAAAGCGACACCACGGCUGCUGGAGGAGAUGUACAGUUUCUACACGCAAAGGUCAGCGAUUCUGAGAAGAAGGUGGAGCAUUUGGUGGAGUUGCUGAACGAGUCGGAAUCCAGCAACCUCCGACUCAGUGAGCAAGUGCGAGUGCUCAAGGAAGAGAUUAGACGGCUUGAGCGAAACCAAGAGCGACAAAAACACAAUAACAUGGAGUACUUGAAAAACAUUUUCAUGAAGUUUGUGACAUUACGUGGUGGCAGUGAGAAGGAGCGGCUGGUUCCAGUCCUAACAACGAUGCUGAAGCUCAGUCCUCAAGAAAAAAAGGAGCUUCAGGCUGUUGUGACCGGGGAGACAGGACAGCAGGAGCCAAAUGGUGCUUCUGGUUGGGGUGGCUACCUACCUCGGUGGACUGGCUUUGUUGGAUAACAGCUGAGCACAGGCAGUCGUGCAUGUAAAAAAUUGUGUACUAUAGUGCCAGGACAAAAUGUACAGUGCAUACUAACGCUACCAAAUAAAUGAUUCAUAACUGUG